AUGGACCAGCAGGUGAAGGGUGGUGGUAGUCCACCAGUCUUCGAGAGUGAUAUGCCGUGCUUCACCACUAUUGAAGCUGUAUUCUGGCUGAAGGACCUUAUGACUCAGUGGCGCACCAAGGGCAUAGCAUAUGCUAUUGGAGACCCAAAGCGGGAAAUUAACCGCAAGAAGAAGCAUCCACAGCUGAGAUACUGA